UGGCUGCCCCGCCCCGUGCGGUGCCGGCGGGCUCUGCCCGGCCCCGCGGCGCCGUUCCCGCCGAUGCUAUGCCAAAGCCAGAGGUGUCCGCAUCCUACCAGGAGAAAUUCCAACAAUUGCAAGUUGAGAACAUGUUUGGAAAUUGAACCACUGUUUUAACUACACAGCUGAGUGAAGAUGUGGAGCGAGUAUCUGAAAAUCCAGCAGAGGAAAGAGAAGGAGAUAUGGAAGUUCAUGAAGAUUCCAGCUCUGUUAUUUUACCAGAUGGUGAGCUGGGUACCACUACCCCUUCUUUGCGUUUCAGCAAGACCUGCCUAAAGAAUGUUUUUUCAGUAAUACUCCUGUUUAUUUAUCUACUGCUCAUGGCUGUAGCUGUAUUCCUUGUCUACCAAACCAUCAGUGACUUCAGGGAGAAGCUCAAGCACCCAGUGAUGUCUGUCACUUACAAGGAAGUGUCCUUGUAUGAUGCACCUGGUAUUGCCUUUUACCCAGGCAAGGCUCGGCUGCUUAGCUGCAAACAUCAUUACUACGAUCACAUUCCACCUCUGAUAAAUCCAGGUCAGCCAGGAGACAUUGAAUGCACCACUCAGAGGAUCAACUACACAGAUCCUUUUACUAAUCUAACUAUGAAGUAUGCUUUGGUUGUUCAAGGCCCUCGUGAUGUGAAGAAAAGGGAGCUGGUGUUUUUGCAGUUCCAUUUAAAUGAGACAGACCAAGAUUUUAGUGCCAUUGACUACCUGCUGUUUUCUUCUUUCCAAGAGUUUGUCAGCAGUUCAGAAAAAGCAAAAUUCAUGAAGGACUGUGAAAGCUCAUACUCCAGCUGGAAGUUUUCUGGAGGCUUCCGAACUUGGGUCAAGAUGUCCUUGGUCAAAACAAAAGAAGAAGAUGGUAGUGAGACUGUUGAAUUCAAACAAGAGACCAGUGUGGUUAACUACAUUGACCAGAGAACUAAACCAAGGAGUGACCAGCUGUUCUUUGUGGUGUUUGAAUGGAAAGAUCCUUUCAUACAGACUGUUCAGGACAUUAUCACAGCAAAUCCCUGGAACAUGAUUGCUCUUCUUUGUGGUAUCUUCCUGGCCCUGUUUAAGGCAGCAGACUUUGCUAAGUUAAGCGUUAAGUGGAUGAUCAAAAUCCGAAGAAGGCAUCUGAAGAGGACUCGUCAAGUAACAAACCACAUAAGCUGAGACUAAGACUGCCUUUUAACUGUUCAUAGCAGGAGAGAUAGAAAAUAACUGGAAUAAACUGCAAUCAGCAAUUAAAGCUGAAAACCAGGUAUGCUUUCUUCCAGAGAGAUGCUGGCUGGAGGAACAGCCUAGUGAACUGGCCUUGGAAGUGCAGAAAGAGCUAACUCUAGCACAGGUCUAACAAACUCACACUUUUCUAGUCCAAGUUUAACAAGUUUACCUCUGUGUAUGGGGGAACCAGGGGGAAAGGUGGGAACUCGCUGAUGUCCAGAAAGUCAUAACUGUAGUAAAUUGUGAAAAAGUGGACAGUAUUUGAAUGUUUCUCCAACAGAUUCUUUAGUUUCUGCAUCAGCUGUGAGCUGCUCCCAUAGCACAGUCACUGCCUUGAUGGUGCUUAGUGGAAGGUAAAGUGCUCUGAAAACACCCUGGCCUCCCUUCUCCAAAGUAUAUUUUAAAACAAAAUACACUGGAAUUCUAUUACAUGUCAUCUUUAAAUCAAAGUACAAUGACUUUAAUAUUAAAAAAUACUUCAAAUAAUCUAUGGUGUGCCUUCAUUGAAACUACCUGCUCUCAGGUUGGGAAGGAGCUUUACAGGAGACAGGAGUGCUGUGGCAUGAGGAUAAGGUGUAAAUCACAGAUCAGUCCAUCUCAAAGGAAACUCAAGCAACAGGACAGCGUGGGGGGCUGAGCUGGUGGCUGAUCUCAAAGUCUGUCUCAGGCUAUUGUUCAUCCCUCUUUCUGGCAGUCUUUCCUAAGGAAGUGAAAAAUAGUCUUUCAGCAGCAGGGCAUGGAACUGUGAUUCUGUUCUAUGGGGAAUGCCUGCUCACCAGCUGUGCUGGGGUGCUGGUGUCUUUUUCUUCCUUAUAAGUCCCUUGUUAGUUGAGAUGCCUGACUUGGACGUGUGGAGUCUACAGGGAGCAGGGCACCACUGUGUGUUUGCUCUGAAGGCUUUGCUGCAAGGACACCAACUCAGAGUUUGCUUCUUCCUUCCUCUUCCAGCAGGGUACUCAGAGGAGUAAGUGUAUCAAAAAUACCCCCUCACCGUCCUUCCUUGUUUUUGGCAUCUGAGGAAGCCUUUUGGGACAAAAUUUCCUACUUUCAGCUGGCUUCCAGAGCAAAUUAAGGCACUGCAUUGACCAGACAGCCUCAAACAGGGGAGCAACAACUCAUUGCAUUAAGAUAAAUAGCAGCACUGGCUGUUUGGGGGAAAAUGUUUACUCAGGGGACAAAGGGGUUUGUAUGAGAGAAAGGUGGUGUCCAGUCCCCACCUUGUCUUCAGUAUCUCACAAGGAUGGCUCCUGAGCAGCUCAGCCUAGUGCACAGCAAGGGAUUCAGAUUAAACUGAACAAAACCAGCAAAGGGCAAACACUGCAUGGUUGAAGCAAAGAAGGCUACUCCAUCUCUGGGUGGUGGGGAACAGGACAGAAACCAGGCAGGGGGUGGAGGAAGAAACGAUUGUAAUAGGUUCUGAUGGAUCCUACUGCAUUUUUUCUUUUUUAUUUGCUAAUAAGGUCAGAGAAGGUAAGCUGGAAGACAACGUAGCUGCAGCUGUGGGGUGAGUAGAAAGCACAGUUAAAUAAAGGACAAAACUCCUUUUUGCAGUAUGUACUAUUUUUUCCCCUCAAUAAACUCCCACAGCAGUCCACUUCAGUCACUACAUCUCAGCUGUCAAGAUGUUUUGUUUUAUAAGGAAAUGUUACAAGAGCAGACCAGCGAUCCCAGCCAAGAAACCUUUCUUUUGCAUACCUAUUUAUAGGAGCGAUCCUGACAGCAAGUGUUGCACAAUUUGGAAGGCUAUCUUACGGCUCCUGCGUUGUUUUUUUUCUAUUACUUAAGCCUGAUGUCCCUAUUUGUAACCUUGGGAGAAACUCGUAAACAAUUACAAAUGGCAGUGAUUUAUUCCUUGAACCCCUGCAAGGUGUUUGAGUCCCCAUUUGUGUAAGUUAUUUUCAUUUAGGCUCUAGGACAGAUGAACAAAUUUUGUCGCACACUGGGAACUUUAUUUUUCUAAGGGCAACAAGGCACUAAAGCACUAAACCAAGGUGAGCUGUGCUUGUGUGACUGUCCUUUCCCUUCAGGCAGUGCUAGUCCCAUACCCUCUGUGAAACAACUACUUGGACACAAAAAUGAAGCAACAAAUUAAGUGUAAUACAGUUGACUCAAACAGCAUGGCAGGGACUUCCCCACUUUUGCCACUCAGUGGAAAGCCACACUGGACAGCUAAAAAGUUGUUUGUAACAGCCCUUCUAAUUCUACUGGUCUUCAGAAACACAAAGAUGUGAGGUACAGCACUAAAUACAAACAUAAAGACUUUAUUGAAUGCUGCUCAAUUCCCCAAAGAUCUUUCAUUACAAAAUUUUUCCACACAACUGCAAUUGAAGAGAUUGGAAUGGUACUCUGAUAAAAGAUGUGAAAAAAAAAAUACUU